AUGCAGUUACAUUAUCUAAUUCUUUUCCCACUUCUGGCCCAGGCUACCGGCUCCUGGAUCGGCGGCGACCAACUGUUCGGAAAGCGAGCGGCCAAGCUCAUUGGGAACUCGUUUGGCCGCCCAGGGUAUAAUGAGACAUAUGACUACAUCAUCGUGGGUGGAGGAAACGCUGGCAAUGUCGUAGCUGCUCGUCUUGCGCAAGACCCUGCCAACUUCAGUGUCGCCGUGAUUGAGGCUGGGGGCUUCUACGAGACGCUGGAUGGCAACCGGACCCAGAUCCCUGGCAUGGUCUAUGUGAACAAUGUAGAUUUCCCCCUCGAGUCGGCAACAACUGGUACUUCCAUCGGCUUGAAAACUGUUCCACAAAGGGGUUACAACAACAGACAAAUCCGGACAGUAUCUGCACAGACUCUAGGAGGAAACACUGCCGCCAACAAUAUGGCGUACCACCGUGCUACUAUCGGCACGUUUGACAUCUGGGCGAAGGACGUUGCUGACGACUUCUGGUCAUGGGAGAAUGUGUACCCUGCAUAUCAGAAGAGCUGUAAUUUCACGCCGCCCGACUACAGCAAGAUCGACCCUUCCGUUGAUAUCACGUGGGACGAUUCGGCAUUCGCCAAAGAUGGCGGUCCUCUCCACGUGUCGUAUGGCAACUACUGGGGCCCAGACGGGGUGGGCCUCAACGCUGGCAUGGAACAAGCCGGUCUGAAGCAGAUCGAUGGGCUCAACAGCGGCAGGCUGAUUGGUUACUCGGCCUUGACAGCCAACUUAAACCCGUACACCGCAAUCCGUGACACGUCUGAGACCUCCUUCCUCCGGAUGGCCAUGAGGGAAACAGACAUCAAGGUUUACCCGAACGCACUAGCUAAGCGUGUCACGUUCGACGACUCGAAGCGCGCUACCGGUGUUGAAGUCCAGGCGAAUAUCGCUAACAUAGAUCUGAAGUGGCAUCUCUCGGCUCGAAAAGAGGUGAUACUAUCAGCGGGCGCCUGGCAUUCCCCUCAGCUUCUCAUGGUAUCUGGCAUCGGUCCUAAGGAGACUCUGGAGCUGCAUGAUAUUCCGUUGAUUGCUGAUGUGCCUGGGGUGGGACAGAAUGAGUGGGACCAACCAGUCGUAUCGACCAUCUACAAAGUAAAUGCGACCACUGGCACACAAUUCCAAGCAGGUAAUCUUGAAGUCGUCGCAAGGGAGACUGAAGAUUAUAUCAACCACCAAUCUGGACUCCUGUCUGGCUUUGGAGCAGGCCUGGCAACCGGAUGGGAGAAGUUCCCAGCCUCGCUUCGCAGUCAAUUCAGCAACACGACCAUCGCCCACCUGUCGGAGUUCCCCGAAGACUGGCCCGAGGCCGAGUACCUAGUGCUCGAGUACGCCAACCAGGAUGUAGUAGAGGCCUCGCUCGAGCGGACCAUCGAGUCAGAUGAGAACUUCAUCACCUUCGCAGCCGUGCUCUUGUCCACGGCGUCACGGGGCAACAUGACCAUCUCCAGUGCCGACACUAUGGACCAGCCCGUUAUCGACCCGGCCUGGCUGACAGACAGCGGCGAUGGCGACCUAGAGCAAUCUUAUGCCGCCUUCAUGCGACUCCGCGAGAUAAUGGCCAACAGCAGCGUCGCCGAGGCUGAGGUUUUCCCUGGGCCUGACGUCCAAGCCCACGAUGACGUCGUCGCCUGGCUGAGGGACAACAUGGGCCACAUCUACCACGCCGUGUCCACCUGCAAAAUGGGUGCUGCGAACGACUCAUCUGCCGUAUUGGACUCGAGGGCCCGGGUCCGUGGCGUCACUGGCCUCCGCGUUGUGGACGCCAGUUCCCUGCCCCUUUCUCCGCCUGGCCACCCGGUGGCAUCCAUCUACAUGCUCGCCGAGAAAAUUGCUGAGUCGAUUCUCAGCGGUAACUAG